GAGGAACGCGAGAAGCGUGAGCGUACUCGGGGCCAGAAAAGCACGCGAAACAUCAUGAUCCGUCCAAAUAUUAGCAUGCAUUUAUCGGGAACGAGAAAAGGGUAUAUCGCGGCACGAUAAAGUCCGGGUUGGACGAGGCCGACACGUAUAAAGAUCGUAGCUAUCUAUCCGCAUAGUACUACAUAGUACCGUACCGCGAGGGCGCGAGGCCGCGACCCUGAGCCCGAUACGCGAGACGGGGAAUAGAGCGUUUCGGUAGCGGAAUAGUGCGCGGAACAAAUACGUGUCAAACUCGGUCCACGGAUAAGCGAAGUGGAGCAUCGUGCGGUGCACACGGGUGUCUGCUAUCGUUUACGUGCGUAAAGGUCGAGAGUUCAUGAUCAUUCAGCGCCUCGAAACGAUGAUUUUACGAGGCGUUUGACGACGGUCUCUUUCCCCCUUGCUUUUUUUCGUCGGCGUAUGAUCGGAAAUUAAUCAGCGAGAGGCGGCCGUAGAACUCGCGAUUCUGGACGAUUUUCGCUGGACGGUUCCCAUACAUACGCAUAACCUGUCAGGAAUUUCUGGCCCGCUGUCCACGCAGCCACGUUCGAAGAAACUUGGAAAAGUGGUGCGACCGUUGAAUUUCUCUGUAACAGAGGCUCCCGAAGAUGCCGCUCUUCGGUAAAAAGGAUUCGAACAAGAAGAUCAAAAAGGAUGGCAAAGACGACAAGUCGCCUUCCGUCGAAGACAAAUACGUCCUUAAGGAACUCCUCGGAACGGGUGCUUUCUCCGAGGUACGUCUGGCAGAAAGUAAGGACAGGCCCAAUCAGAUGUUCGCAGUGAAGAUUAUAGACAAAAAGGCACUGAAAGGAAAAGAAGACUCCUUAGAAAAUGAAAUCAAAGUGUUGCGGAGGUUAACGCAUCCGAAUAUUGUACAAUUGUUGGAGACAUUCGAAGACAAACAUAAAGUUUAUUUAAUUAUGGAGUUGGUAACUGGCGGCGAACUGUUCGAUAGAAUCGUUGAAAAAGGUUCCUAUACAGAAAAGGAUGCUUCGUACUUGAUAAGACAAGUCCUCGAAGCUGUGGACUACAUGCACGAACAAGGCGUCGUGCAUAGAGAUCUCAAGCCUGAAAAUCUUUUAUAUUAUAGUCCAGACGAAGAUAGUAAGAUUAUGAUUAGCGAUUUUGGUUUAUCGAAAAUGGAAGAUUCUGGUAUCAUGGCAACUGCCUGCGGCACUCCAGGAUACGUUGCUCCAGAAGUUCUAGCGCAAAAGCCAUACGGGAAGGCUGUGGAUGUUUGGAGUAUAGGAGUAAUUUCUUACAUUCUGUUGUGUGGUUAUCCACCAUUUUACGACGAGAACGAUGCAAACCUAUUUGCACAAAUCUUAAAAGGUGAAUUUGAAUUUGAUUCGCCAUACUGGGACGAUAUCAGUGACUCCGCUAAGGAUUUCAUUCACAAGUUGAUGUGCGUCAAUGUCGAAGAGCGCUUUACGUGCAAGCAAGCACUCGCACAUCCCUGGAUUUCGGGCAACGCAGCUAGCAAUAAAAAUAUCCACGGCUCCGUAGGAAAGUCUUCCUCUUCUCUCAUGGUUGCAGCAAGCCUACCACGCAGCCACGGUGAUACGUCAAAUGCAACGGCUGGCGCUCAACAGCGGCCAGCAACAGCAGGGUCCAGGAUCAACAGGCCCCUCCAGCGACAACCCCACGCCAUACCCCGAUCAAUCGCAAUCCAACCCCAGUCACCAACCCAGAUCAGUGGAGCCUCAAACCAAUCUCAAAUGAAGGAAACCGUUGACCCGCCAUUACCCGUACCGAGCUCGUUGGCCUCGAAUCCCCUCCCAAUUCCUGUCGCUCCGAAUUCACCGUUAUACUUGCGCAACAAACGCUUCAAGCUGUGGGGUAGCACACGCACCGCUCUGUCUACUCUCUUUCAAACGAACGUGUCGUACCUUAGAAAGCAAAGGAAGCAAAAGAAAAGCUGAGUUACGCUAAAUUUUCUCGUCUAAACGAACAAAAUAUUCAAGCCUUUUAACGGCGUUUUACCCUCUUGCCGCUAUCAUUUAAUCUCGGGCAGGAGCUCGCAUAGAUUUCCAGCUAAUCUGCUUUAUUCGUGGUCUCCUGUGACACGGUUACCACUUAUGUACAUUACAGUCUAUAUAAUAGCCCGCGCGAUAUAAGGCGAUUUUCCGAGUCGUUUUCGUUCGUCGCCUCUCCUAUUCGGUUCUCGCUGGCUCUGUCGGAACAGUUUACAAAUAGAUCUACGUUGUGCCGGUACAUAUUAACAAUAGAUAUCGAAUUCGUAGCUAUCAAUAGAAUUUUAUGACGAUAUGUUAAUGGUGUUUGAUUUGAUCGAGUAAGACGCGUAGUUACGUAUACAGAUUAAACUCAGCGGUUUAUGAAAUUUCACGACACGACGUUAAGGAAUCUUGCUGGAUCAAAUCUUAAGUAAACGUGUAAAAACUAACGUGAACAGUACAACGACAAGUUUUUAUCUUUUAUAAAGUCUGGAGUAAUACGAAUAGUGGUUGUCUAGAAGAUUUUUUGCGACCGUAAAAGUCUUGUAUCGUGACAAAUAUGUUUUUAAUUUCGUAAACGAACGUUUCGCGUUUGGAGCUGCGCUGGGACUUGUACGAUACGUAUCGAUGGUAUUCAAGCGAUACGAUACCAAAGUACUUAAUAGGAAGGUUUUUAGAUACCGAUUCAUUUCAGUUACUCGCGAUUAAGUUCCGAUACCCAUGUAACGAUUCAGUUCAUAUGGUGUAAGUAUCGAAUACCAAGUACAUAGGUAUCAAAACGGUUCCAAGUAACGAUACUUGUUCGUCUGGUAUCAAAGAUGGGUAAAAUUCGUAAAACAUCUUUCCGAAAGAUCUCGAUAAAUCGCAAAUCAUUGUGUUUUAUUUGUCAUCUAUUAUUCAACUAAAAUUUUGCCCAUUUCUGUUUGGUGUCGAUAGUAUCGAUAGUCCCAGCGCUACUUGAACGGAGCAACGGCGAAUAACAUCUUUUUGAUUAACCAAUUUGGAGAAGUACGAAGGGAAAAAAUAAACUUAAGGUUUUUUUUGUAAUACGGUUCAUUACCGUACGGAAUCGUGUUGCGAGACUACGUAAGAUCUGAUUUCUGUAACUACUUAUUUUUACGAUUCGCUGAAAAGUUUAAAAGGGAUAUACUUGCUUCGAUGACCUAAUUAAACGCAAGUGUUUAUAGGAAACCAUGUACAGUGCACUGGAUUACAAAAUGUACAUUGUGUACACAGCAUACUCCUUCUGUUACAUAGUGAUAUUAGUACAUUUCUAAGAACUUUAAAUCGGAUCUAUUAAACUAGAUUUAAUGUAUGUACACGUACAAGUAUAUCGCUCUACUAAUAUUUUUAUCGAUACGUUGCACGGAAACUUCAAGGAAAGUGUACAUAAAGCAUACACGAUUCCCCCGUAUGUCUGUUUGCAAGAUGCAAAUAUAAAAAGCGAAUUAUAUAGCGCGAGGUUUCGGCUUUCGUCGAGAUACCUUACGAGCAAUUUCGCUCUGCAUAAAUUUCGAGUUUUCCUUUUCGACUUGUACUUUUCUUUUUAAUCGAUAUGCAAAAUUGGUGUCUGUAAAAAUAAAUGUAAAGCACAAACUCGGCAUCGAGUUAGUUACGAAUUAAUUAGCAAUGCUCGAACUUAUGUUGCAACAAAAAAAUGUACAUAUUACUUAUAUACGUCGCAUAUAUAUAUAUUUUUUUUUUCUUUUUUAUGUAAAUGUGUAAUUAAAUGCCAUCGAUAUAUUGCGAAAAACUUUAUAUAAAUAUUUUUAUAUUUAAUAUUUCUUUAUAGAAUACGACAACCACCGUAUAAAGAUAUCGAUAAGUUUCGAAAAGGUUGAGAUAUAAUCUAGCUAUUUAUAUUUGUAUCUUAUUACGAUACGAAGAAAUCCAUUAAACGUACGCAGUACUCGGUAUUUGAAUUGUGAACAAAUACUUCAACGAAAGGUUCAAGAAUACUUUUAGUAUACAGUGGUAUUACUUUAUUUUUUUAUAAAUGAUUGCAAUCAAGUGCAAUAAUACCAUGAUCUUGUGAUAAUGAUGUUAUUAUGGUUACACUCAAUAGUAAAUCGAUAUUAAUAAUAACGAUGAAUGUUGGAAAUUUCUAUUGAUAUGAUUCUAUGAUCUUAAUUGGAUUGUAUACAAAUUAUUUCUUGCGGUGAUCAGUUACAAUGUUAAGGAUCGUUUUACAUACGUUCGGACGCUCUAUUAUGUACGUAGAGGUUAAAAACGAAUUCGUUAUGUAUCAAUGCGACAAGAUUGUAUUUUUUAAAAAAAAGUUUCCAUGUUUUUCGUGUCCUUUGAAACGUGCUUUGAAAUAAAUCUAAAUUAUAUUCAACAGAAUUUAAAAGAUCAUGUGUUGCAUACUCGUGUAGAAAUGAAUUAUUGCUGUUUAUCGAGCGGGCACUCUUUUUAUCAUAAAAUCUACUAUCUCUUUCUCUUUAACUUUUAACUAUAAAUAUGAUAAUCAUCUUUGAACUAUCAUAUUAGACAUCCGUCCGUGUACCGGGCACUAUUCGUAUAGUAAAAAAUGAAUAUGAAAAGAACUUUAUGGGAUUCGUAUAACGCUACGAAAUAAUUUUGAAAUCGAUAAUAAUUAUAUUAAUUAUAAGGUAGCUACUAUAGUUAUUCGAACAAAUAUAAUAUAAAAUUUAGCGCGAGAAAAUACGCAUACGAAUGGAAGUUCGAAAUAAAUCCGAUGGUCGUCGUUUAUUCCUGUCAAAAUACUUUGGUAUCAAAAUUCAUUCAACUUGAAUUGACGAAAGGUCUUUCAUUGCGCAGAACAAAGUAUCAUUCUAAAGUGCCUCGGAUGACACGAUGAUGGUACAUUAAAAUUAGAAGAUACAAAGGUAUCGUACGUAAGAAUUACAUUGAAAAUUGAUCAAAGGUAUUCUAUGUAAGAAUUACAUUGAAUAUUGAUCAAAGGUAUUCUACGUAAGAAUUACAUUGAAUAUUGAUCAAAGGUAUUCUACGUAAGAAUUACAUUGAAUAUUGAACAAAGGUAUUCUACGUAAGAAUUACAUUGCAUAUUGAACAAAGAUAUUCUACGUAAGAAUUACAUUGAAUAUUGAUCAAAGGUAUUCUACGUAAGAAUUACAUUGCAUAUUGAACAAAGAUAUUCUACGUAAGAAUUACAUUGAAUAUUGAACAAAGAUAUUCUACGUAAGAAUUACAUUGAAUAUUGAACAAAGAUAUUCUAUGUAAGAAUUAUAUAGAAAGUAACUCCAUUUACGAAUUUAUUAUGUUCAUUCAAUAUUUGGUAAUACUUUUCGAUUACUUUCCAUUAUUCAGUAUAUAGAGUUUUCUUCCUAUUAUAAAUAAAACAAAAAUGUUAAAUUACAUUUUUUACGGUGCCAACGUCGUGUCAUCUAAUAAGAAUGGUUCUUAAUUUUUUCAUGCUGACGUUCGUGCGUUAUUGACUAGCUUGUAAUUUAAAAUUCUAAAAAAGGAAGUAAAAGGAGCUUAGCUUGUAUUUAAAAGCAAAAAGAAAUAAAAAAAAAAAAAUAAAAGACCGUGCCACGCGAAUAAACAUAUCGGCAGGAACAUUGCAAAUGUGAUGUAAAGAUAAGCUGAUUUUAAAUAGCAAUGAAAAAUGACUCGUAAUCGAGGAACAAAAAAAAAACAAUAUAAAACGCCAGACUGAUAGAGUGUGUAUGGAAGCGAAAGAGUAAGAGUGUGAAAGAGAGAGAACGAGGGAGGGAGUAUGUACUGUUGACUAAAAUACUUUAAUUGUUGCCUAUAAAUUAAGCGUAACGCUCCUAUAUAAUGUAUAUUUAUUAAAUGAUGCAGGAACAACUUCUUCCUAUUGUAAUUUCCUCGUUGCAUAAGCGUUGCAAUUGUUAUGCUUGAAUUUUGUGCAUGUGGGGGACAAAGUAUUGGAUGUCUUAAUUAUUAAAUUAUACAUAAUAACGGAGUCCGUCGGUGCUCCUAGAAAUUAAAUGACACAAGUUUCUCAAACCUACGCGAAGGAUCUUAAUAAUCGGAAUUACGAUAAUCUAGUUUACAGUGCCAAUAUAUUCGUACCUAUUAAAGAACCGGUUGCUGAUCUCUUUUUUUGGUAUUCGAAAUAUAAAACUUCUGUAAACUAUAUUCAUUCGAGCAGCUAAUUUCGGAUUAGGUGUAAAAUUCAGAUUAGGUUGAAUAUACUGUGCUUGAUAAGAGUAAUCUGUUUCGUUUAGGAAUUUGGCUCGUAAUUAUGGAAAUUACAGGAACGGACCACGACGUUUAAUCAUUCUUUUUUUUUUUUCAAUUUCUCGAUUGCGGUGCUAUUUCAUGGAAUGUUGAUAAAUAAAAGGUAUACAGAACUUAAUUUUUCAAUUUGUUACGUUAGCUCGGUUACUCUUUGUUACGUUGUAAAAUAAUGGAAUUAUUCCAACGGUCGUAGAUUAAAGAGUAAGUGAAAUAGUAAUUACACUUUAAUUUAAUACAGAUUUAUUGGGAAUUCCUUUUCAAAGACGAAAAGGAAGUUAUAUGAAAUCGAUGAAAAUAAUGAUAACGAUGAUGAUGAUGAUGAUAAUAAUAACAUUUACAAAAUUGUAUGUGUUUGUGCUUAAAAUUAAACUACCAUUUUAUACAAAUUAUUUUAAAUGCAAUAACAAUGAUAUGCCUUAUUUAUAAUUCGUUAACUGGCGAUCUGUAGUUGAAAUAGGAAAUUUACAAAAUCGUUACGCUUUAUGUUAAUGAUUUUAUCAAUAUACAGUGGCUGCCUUUGCGAAACAUAGUAUUACGAAUCAACGACAAAUGGAUCGUGCGAGGUACUUAACAUUUACUGUUUGUCAUGUAAAUCGGUUGAUUAAUUUGAGCACAAGAUUAGUUUGGUUGAAAGAACGGUUUACAUUACAUUCUAUAGAAACUAAAGUGUUGCAUAAUUCUUUUUUUUUCCCGUAACUAUAUAUACAUACAUCUAAUAGAUUUAUUUGCGUAACAAUCGUAUAGUUAAGCAUAUUUUUACUUGAUUUAUUACGUAUAGCUAAACGAUAAACAUUUCUAUCGUGUUGUAACCAUUAUUAUAAUAACGUGUAAUAACGUAUCUGCAGAUAUGGUACUAACACAAUUUAGAUGUAAUACACGAAGGUAAAUAAAAAUAACUGAAAUUUCAUGGUUAUUAUAGGAUGUAAUGUAAACUUUCACGCUGUAUUAUAGUUAAUCUUUAGUUUUUAAUGUGGAUGUACUACGUGUAAAAUUUAGCUUAUAUUUCAAGCACAUAUUAAUAUCACGCGAAAAGAAAUGUACAUGUAUAUAAUUGUAUCGUAGGAAAGAGUUAACGAUCAAACUAACAUUCGCAAUGAAAAAUACCUGUGCAAGAAAAAAAAAAAGAAGGAAUAAAUUACAAAGUAGCCCUUUAAAUUUUUAAAAGUAGCAGCCACGAAAAAUUAACAUUGAUAUUAACAUGUAAUAUAUUACUAUGCAUCAUUAAUAAUAUCGCUUAAUUGAUGUUGAUUA